UAGACGCGCCGGAAGUGGCGGCCCGGCUCGCUGACGCGCCCGCGGGGCCCAUGGCGCUGUGGCGGGGCUCGGCGCUGGCGGGCGUCCUGGCGCUGGCGCUGGGCUGCGUGUUCCUCCUGGAGCCGCAGCUGCCCGGCUCGGCGCUGCGCUCGCUGUGGAGCUCGCUGCGGCCCGCCGCCCCGAACCCCGCGCCCGACUCCCCCGAGGGCCGCUUGGCGGCAGCCUGGGACGCGCUCAUCGUGCGGCCGGCCCGGCGCUGGCGCCGCGUGGCGGUGGGGGUCAACGCCUGUGUGGAUGUGGUGCUGUCAGGGGUGAAGCUCCUGCAGGCCCUGGGCCUCAGCCCUGGGAGCGGGAGGGACCACUCCGUGCUGCACUCGCAGGCCCACCUGGAGGAGGCUUUCGCUCACUUCAUGGGCAAGGGUGCCGCUGCCGAGCGCUUCUUCAGCAACCAGGAGGCCUUCCGUGACAUCGCCCGGGUGGCCUCCGAGUUCCCGGAUGCCCAGCUUCAGCAGUGGGCACAGAGCCAUCCCUGCAGGAGAAGAGCCGUGUGGAUGAGCUGGUGCGAGCCGGGACAGAAAUUGAGAGGGAAGAGGGCGAAAGACACAGAGAGGCACCUGCAGCACUGCUACACUACUUGUGAAACUGGCCCCUGCAGUGUGAAGUCACUUCCCAGCUUUUACGGAAAGAAUACAGAUUGUGCUGUGACUCUGCGGAAUUCUCUCUUGCAGCACUACGCAGGUGGGAAUGCAGCCUUAAUUGGACAGAAAUUUGCAGCCAGCUCGGAUUUAGAGGUCCUCCUCUGUGGUCCGGUUGGCCCAAAGCUGCAGGAGCUUCUUGACGACAGCGUAUUUGUGCCACCAGAGUCCCUGCAGGCAGCGGAUGAGUUCCACCUGAUCUUAGAGUACCAGGCGGGCGAGGAGUGGGGCCAGGUCAGGGCCCCCCACGCCAACCGCUUCAUCUUCUCCCACGACCUCUCCAACGGGGCCAUGAGCGCCCUGGAGGUGUUCAUGUCCAGCCUGGAGGAGUUCCGGCCGGACCUGGUGGUGCUCUCGGGGCUGCACAUGAUGGAGGGGCAGAGCAGGGAGCUGCAGCGCAAGAGGCUCUUGGAGGUGGUGGCCUCUAUCUCUGACCUGCCCGCCGGCAUUCUGGUCCACCUGGAGCUGGCCAGCAUGACCAACCAGGAGCUCAUGGGCACCAUCGUGCACCAGCAGGUCUUCCCUGCUGUGACGUCCCUCGGGCUGAAUGAACAAGAGCUGCUGUUCCUUAGCCAGGCGGCCUCAGGCCCCCACUCCUCCCUGUCCUCCUGGAGCGGCAUCCCCGACGUGGGCAUGGUCAGCGACAUCCUCUUCUGGAUCCUGAAGGAGCAUGGCCGCAGCGCAGGCAGAGCCUCGGCGCUCACCAGGGUGCACUUCCACACGCUGGUCUACCACAUCCUGGCCACCGUGGACGGACACUGGGCCAACCAGCUGGCGGCCGUGGCUGCGGGUGCUCGGGUGGCAGGGACUCAGGCCUGUGCCACCGACACCAUCGAUGCCAGCCGGGUGUCCCUGCGGGCCCCCUCUGAGUUCCUGACCUCCCACUCGGGCGCCGGUGUCAGGGUUACGCUGAACCCCAGUGAACCAGUGGUGGUGUGGCACAGGGAGGGCAUCUCUUUCCACUUCACGCCUGUGCUGGUGUGCAAAGACCCUGUUCGAACCGUGGGCCUCGGUGACGCCAUCUCUGCUGAAGGACUCUUGUAUUCCCAGGCAGGCCCCCACCCUUAGAGGGGCUGUGGGGGAUGUGCUGAGGAAGGGGACCCGGCACUGACUGAGGAGGUAGGGCCGCUGUCUGGUAGGGUCUGAGGGAGAGACAGCCAAAGAACAGCAGCCCACCACACUGCAGCCAGACAUUCCAGCCUGCUGACCAGCGCCAGACUUUCAGGCUUUGGUCACAAUUAGCGCUUGAACAAGACUGGAUUUCCAUCCUGUUGUGCAUUAUGGGAGCUAAAAGUUGGUUCCCAAACACCUAAUCUGCUUGCCACCCAGCGUCUUGAGCCAGAUCUUGCGAUGGAGAGAGCAUGGCAUGGGAGCAAGCUCCAUGCGUCCCUCACGCUCCCCACGCUCAGUGUUACAGGAAAGGUCGUGAGCACCUCCUGGCCCGCUGCUCCCACACGCUCCCCUGCCCAGAGGUUGGGCAGCACCCAGGGGUGGAAACUUCUGGAGAUGGGCCACUGAUGCUGCACAACUGGAACCCACUCCCUGUUGGCCAGGUCACAUGUGUUUACACGAUGCGUCCCGUCCAUCAGGGGGUCUGGCCUGGAAAGAACCCAGGAUCAUGAAAUAGAUGUCUUGUGUAUUUAUUUUUUUUACAAAUCAAGAUGGGCUUUUGAAUAGAUUAAAAGACUCACAUUUGGGGA